AGAAGCAACUUUGACCGAGCUUCUGCGUUAUCGACGUCAUUAACUACCGACUUAUUAACUACCGAUGAUGUACUGAGCAUCACGAGUGGUGUGUCACGAGUCCUGCAAGAUGACGUUGUAAAGGCACACGGUGACCUCGGGUCUGCUCGGGCCUGUGUGUCAUAUCGUUCCGCACCAAUCGUGUUUGCUUGCUGACAAUUGCUGGUACCAACACUCGCGCAUUCACGUCAUACGGUAGAUGAUCAACAAGCACAAACCAAAAAAAAAAAGGGAUAACAAAAAACCAGUCGCGGCGUAAAGUGAUUAACAAGGGUUUGUGAUGAUCUUGAAAAAAGGUGAGGCUUGAGUGUCGAGGAUGGAUCACACGAGGCAAGUACUGGCCGCGUUGCUCAUCCUAUCGGUGCUGCACAGCACAACGUCGACGUAUUUCGGGAAUGCAUUUACACAGCAGGCCGACGAGCCUUCCAAAAUCAGUUGGCUCUUCUCCGACGGGUCUCUGCGAGGUAGAAGAAUUCAGAGAGCUGUACCAUACGAUUAUAAAAGGGAGCUUGAGAAUGAUGGUUUGCCAAAGAUCAUCAAUGGCCAGUGCCGUGAUAAGUUGAACCGCCUUUGCGGGGAUAUAGACAGAAAUAACGAUGAACUCAUGCUACUCGAGUGUAUUCAGACUUUUAAGCCUACUGAGAUUUCUGGGAUCAAUCAGAAGUGUCAAGAGGCAAUCUGGGAUUAUAUCCAGAACAUUACAGAUAAUCAAAAUAUAGAGAGGCUAGCCAGAAAGGCAUGUGGGGUACAGUUGGAUACCAUACAAUGCUCCAGUUCAGAUAAGACCCAUGGAGCAUACCUGUCUUGCUUGAUUGACAACCGAGAGAGGGUCAGAGAUCCUGACUGCAUCACUUAUAUUCAGAGAUUAGAAUGGAUUGCCUUCAGUGAUUUCAGAAUCUUGACUCCCUUCAAGACGGACUGUGCAAAGGACAUCAGGACAUUCAAAUGCGACAGUCUACAGCCAUAUAGAGAUAUAUCGCAGGGUCAGAUAUUAGCAUGCUUGCAGGAACAUGUCGAGCAACUACAGCAUGAAUGUAGGCGACAUAUUCUCCAUGUAUCCGAGAUUCAAGCUGAGAAUAUCAAGUUAGAUCGUCAGUUAUACAUGGCUUGCACUCACGAUCGCAUUAAGUUCUGUCCUAACAUUCGACCAGGCAGUGGUCAAGUCUACAAAUGUUUGAUGAAAUACAAAACUGAUAGAUCAAUGACCGCGCAAUGCCAAGAACAGUUGACGAGACGAGAGAAACUCAUUGCUUCUGAUUACAAAAUUAGCAAAGGUUUGGUUAAAGCCUGCAAGGAAGACAUCAGAAAUAAUCACUGCCGGCGAUCUGUGUCCGAGGAUAAAGAAAUCAAAUUAGCGCAAAUUUUGCUUUGUCUGGAAUCGGCCAUGAAGAACGGCAGCAAAAUCGACGGAAAUUGUCAGGCGGAAAUGUUUGAUCACAGGAAACUGCUAAUGGAAGAUUAUAGAUUAUCACCAGAGAUUGUGCACAAAUGUGCCAAUGAUAUUACGACUUUUUGCAACAGUCUCGAGGUUGGUGGUGCUACAAUACACUGUCUGAUGGAGCAUACAAGGACGAGGAAGAGAAAAUCGAGAGUUACCGCGGAAUGUCAAAGAGCGUUGGAAGAAUUAAUUAUGGAAACCGAUGCUGGCGAAGAUUGGAGAAUUGAUCCUGUCCUAAGAGAACAAUGUCAACCUGUGGUCAAUUUAGCUUGUAGAGACGUGCACGGCGGAGAUGCCAGAGUAAUUUCCUGUUUGAUGGAACAACUAGGAACAGAGAGGAUGCUGAAGCCUAGCGAAACGGCUUUAGUACAAAUACAAUAUUUCGUCGCCAGGGAUUUCAAACUUGAUCCGCAAUUAUACAGAGCAUGCAAAUUUGAUGCCGUGCGUUUGUGUCAUGCGAGAAAUGCAUGGGCUAGCAACGGGAAACAGAUGGAUCCCGAGACUGGACCUCUGGUCUUACCAUGCUUGUAUCGACAUGUGUAUCAGAAAAAUAUGACAUUGAAAGCGGAUUGCUUGGAAGAGAUUAGGAGAGUCAUGAGGCAACGUGCUGUAAAUGUCGACUUACAACCCGAGAUAGAAGAAGUGUGUUUUAAUGAAUUGGCCUCUUUUUGUUAUGACAAAACUGCGAAGGGAGAAGAGAUUUUAUGCUUACAAGAUAAUUUAGAGAAUUUGAAAGAAAAAUGCAAGUUCGCAGUCGGAAAUUUCACUGAGGAACAAGCUGAACGUGUUGAAUUGAAUCCCAUAAUUUCUUCUGCGUGUCAACAUAUUAUGGAACGUCACUGUGAAGAGGUAUUAAAAUAUGGAAAAGAUGAAGGAGAUAUGAUGGAAUGCCUCAUUGAACACAAGAACGAGCUGGAUUCACGUACCGAUUAUAAAUGUAAAGCGGCUGUAGAACAUUUCCAAUUGAUAUCUUUGAAGAAUUAUCAUUUUACGUAUAAAUUUAAAGAAGCGUGCAGGCCUUAUGUCAAAAGAUGGUGCCCUAAAUCAAAGACAAAAGCUGAUGUAAUAGAGUGCUUAAGUUCAAUCGUGCAGGAGGACAUAAUGAAGGAAUCGCAACAUCGCGUGCUGAAGGAGUGCAGGCAACAGCUGCGAGCGCAACUUUAUCAACAGCGAGAGAACAUUCAUUUCGAUCCUGUUCUACAAGCGACCUGCUCAGCAGACAUUAAACAAUUUUGCUUUAACGUAGAACCAGGCAAUUCACAGGUACUCGAGUGCUUGGCAUCGCAUAAAGUUAAACUAUCGGACAUGUGUCAUAAGCAGCUGUUCAAGGUAAGGAAGCAAGAGUUUCAAGAUAGCUCCAGCGAUGUUCCUCUGUUAAAUAUCUGUCGUGCUAUGAUCAAACAAUACUGCCACGAUGUGAGCAAAUCGCAAACUUUGGAUUGUCUCAAGAGAUAUAAAGACGAAGUCACUUUUGAUGAUAAAUGCAAAAAUAUUGUGGUUCGAAGAAUGAUCGAACAGAAUACGGAUUACAGGUUUAAUACUGCACUGCAAAGUGCAUGUGGCUAUGAUAUCGACAAGCAUUGUAAAGAGGUUUUGAUACACGAGCGCACUGACAAAGAACUUGAAGGGAAAGUAAUCAGAUGUUUGAAGAUUAGAUUUCGAGAAUCAAAACUGACGACUAAAUGCGAACACCAAAUGGCUAACAUCCUCAGAGAAGCUGCGUUAAAUUAUCAUUUAAAUCCAUUAUUAGCGACAAUGUGCGCGCACGAGAUUGAAACUAUAUGCCGGUCGGAUGAAAACGAGCCUGGUGCUGUCGAAGAGUGUCUUAAGAGAAAAUUCAAUGCCGGCAAUCGAGAUAUGAGAGAAGAAUGUCGUAUGGAAGUUGCAGAUCUUAUAGAACAAACCAAAGCUGAUAUUAACGUAGAUCCCUUAUUGCAGAAAGCUUGUGCCGUGGAUGUUAGCAAAUACUGCAGUGCCGUAUCUCAAGGCGCGGGAAGACAUAUAAUGUGCUUGCAAAAUGCCUUGGAAGAUAGCAAUAAAUCUUUGCAGCCUGAUUGCUACAAGAUGUUAACUACGAGGAUGGAGAUGUUUAAAAAUGCUGCCAAGUUGAUCGCACCAAACUCAUUCGAAGAAUUAUACUCGACAGUAAAUCGUUCUCCGGCGCGACGUUAUUUCAUGAUCGUCGCUUUUACCAUGAUCGGAGUGAUCUUUAUCGUCGGCAUGUUCUGCGGCCGAGUGACGAGGCGGACGAUGAUGAUGAAGAACAAGUGACGCAGUCGGGGUCCGUCCACUAGUGAAAUGACUUUCGUGAGAUUAGUCGAAGGAUUGUAAUAAACUAUGAACACGUGCGCGUCGAUGGUGUGGUCAAUGACGCAAAGUGUAAGUUCACGA